AUGAUAAUCGGUCUUCCACCUGAUCUCUCAUUACAGCUGGCGGCGGCAUGGCAUGAGAGGCCGCGUGGGCGCGACAUGCGGCGAGCGCCGCUCGCGCAGCACGCCGCCGUCGCUCUUGCGCUCUCUCUACUCCUGUGCUUUGUUGAUGCUGGCUCAAUGGGACCAGGCGUGCCAGAGAAUAUAACCGUGACUUUCCUCAACCCGACCACAGUCCGUGUGUCGUGGUCGACGACAGCAGAUCUGGUCGAAAAGUAUGACGUCACUUACAAACCCUCUGACGCGAGUUACAGAGUGGUGUUGGAGGUGGCUGGCAAUUCCGACGCGGUUAUACUGAGUGGUUUGGAAGCGGACACGCAAUACCAAGUUACUGUCGCCGCGCUUUGGGGCGGGCAUAAGUACAGGAGCAGGCCAAUCGUCUUCCGCACGCUGGAGCCUCCGCGGACAUCACCUCAACAGGACGGGGGGCUGGGUACACCCCGUUCCUCUGUCACACCACCUGACCCAUCUCCAACAUUUCCAACGAUACGAGGGGUGGAAAUCGGAAUUGUAGUUCUAGUUUUAAUUGUCUGGAUUGGAGCGAUUGCACUGUUCUUCAAUCGAUGGGGGAAAAUUCGAAUGCUGCUUCCAUACCAGCCAGAUUACAAGCAGGAACAACUAAAGGUACCAGGAAGCAGUGCAUUGGCUGCUGCGACUGCAGGAGGAACGUGUGGGGCGCAUUCCGCACCUUCAGCAUGUUCGCAUAUGCGUUGGUCCCACACGCACACACAGAGUCUAGAAUGUGAGGAGCGUUUAUUGGCGCGGUGCAAUCGCCCGCGCGUUAACUCAGCGAUAUUCGUAUCAGCUGAGCCUACAAGCUUCGCUGGUUUCGACCCAGGCGAGUUUUUACGUCGACACGGCUCUCAGUCUAAGCUGUGCCGGAAAGCAAGAUCGGCAGAUAACAUACCACUUACAGCAAUGAGUGAUUCAUCAGAAAGACUAUGUAAAGUCAAAGCGCCACGAGAAGACACUAUAAAUGAGGAAGCAAAGUCGGAUGAUAGCGGCAGUGUUGAAACUGUCAAACAUUUCGGCUUACCAAUCCUCUCCGUGUCUGGUCCAUCGCCCCCAGAUGAAGAUUAUGAUCAAAUAGAUGAGUAUCUG